AUGAUUAGUUCCCUAAAAAAGUCGCCAUCGGUUCCAGCGUUGUUGGACAUUACAAGUAAUCUUGAUUUAUUGAUUGCGUUUAACAAACCGGAUCAGAUCGAAUCUACAUCAGAUGAUGUUUACCAAAUUCCUGAAGAAAGAAAUUUUGCUGAAGUAUUGGUGACUGGGGACCAACAAGAUUAUGGAGAUAUGGAAGAAGGUCGAAAACGUCGUCACAAUGCUGACCCAAAAUCUUGGAAAAGGAACAAGGCUUUUUUGAAGCGAAUGCGAGGUGAAGAGUAUUUAGGAUAUUCUAAACCAAAAGAUAGGAAGUUCCAACAAGAUAUUAUAAGACAAGCAAGACGGCUAAGACCAACUUGCGCCUCCAAUUUUUGUAAGAAGAGUAAGAAAAACAGGGCUAGAGAAGAAAAAGAAGAGGACAAGAAAAAAGCAGCUGCUGGAGAAUUUAUACAUUUGACUGUGGAUUUAGAGGCUGUGAAGAACCAAGAGUGUGACUCGGUUCACAGUACUAUUGAGCGAAAACUCAAAAAUCGGGAAAUACAUUUGCCUAGUGAUUAUGUUACGAUUACUAAAGAGGGACGAAGCACUAACCCUUAUGAAGCAAUUAAUGUAGAUCAUGAAUUUGUUAAAGAUUAUGCCCGACCUGAAAAUAUGCUUUAUAAAAGUAUUCGACCAGGCCGCAAAUCUGGCGAUCCACAGGUUGUAGAUAUCAGAGUAAUAAAGUACUAUACUAUGACAAUCUAA